AUGGAGUACAAAGGAGGUGUAACUGAGUCCUCAGUGUUCGGUGCUGAUGUGGAUGUGAUGGCAUUUUCUUACAGGCAAAACCAUCAUCCUAACAACACAAUGGUAUCUUCAUCUCCAGGUCAGGAUGUCUGUGAAAGAUUCUAUGAUUUUGCAUCAUUUGGAGAAGGUGGGAUAUCAUUUAAUGAAAAAAGGUCUCCGCUGACCAGAUUUCACGAUGAAGAAACAGACUGCGAGGAAGAAAGUGAAGGAUGUUCUCCUAUUGGCCGACCAAAGCGAAAACGAGUGAUUACCUAUGCCCAGCGGCAAGCGGCCAACAUUAGGGAGAGAAAGAGAAUGUUCAACCUCAAUGAAGCCUUUGAUAUACUGCGAAAAAAGGUGCCAACAUUUGCAUACGAGAAAAGACUUUCACGAAUCGAAACUCUACGUCUUGCUAUUGUGUACAUCUCUUUCAUGACAGAAUUGCUUAACAGCCCUGGGAAGAAAAAUUAG